AUGGGAGACGUGCCAAGAGAAGGUGGCCUCGGAUGCGCGCACCACCGCUGCGACGACAUCAUCGCCGACGACAUCAUCGCCGACGACAUCACCGCUAACAUAAGCGACGGUGAUGUAGACUGGGCAUGUCAGGGCUACGAGGAAGUGAACUUGGGCUUACGUGAAAAUGAACUCCGUAUGAUCACCUCGGCCAUGGGGUCGCGCCAGACCCAGCGGGAACUCGAAUAG